AUGCAUACCAAUAUGGGGGAGUUGGUGUGGGAGUUGUUUGGAGAGGAAACUUACAAUGAGCAGGGAUUACCUCCUGGAUUUAGGUUCCAUCCGACUGAUGAGGAGCUUGUGACCUUCUACUUGGCAUCCAAGGUGUUCAAUGGGGGCUUAUGUGGGGUGGAUAUAGUCGAGGUUGACCUUAAUAGAUGUGAGCCAUGGGAGCUCCCAGACGCGGCAAAGAUGGGAGAGAGGGAGUGGUACUUCUACAGUCUCCGCGACCGGAAGUAUCCGACGGGGCUGAGAACGAACAGGGCGACGGGGGCCGGCUAUUGGAAGGCCACCGGAAAGGACAGGGAGGUACACGGCGCCGCCAAUGGGGCCCUUGUCGGCAUGAAGAAGACGCUCGUCUUCUACAAGGGGAGGGCGCCGCGCGGCGAGAAGACCAAGUGGGUCCUUCACGAGUACCGUCUCGAAGGUGACUACGCCUGCCGCCACCGCUGCAAGGAAGAAUGGGUGAUAUGCAGGAUAUUUCACAAGACAGGAGGAGACAAGAAGAACCAAUACUACCCAAACCCCUCAUAUACAAUAAACCCAUCCUCUUCCACUCCCAGUACUUGUAUCCUCCCAUUCCUAGACCCCCAAACCCUAGAAACCCCUCUCCAAACCCUCCACAACCACCACCAACCCUAUUUCCAUCUAAACCAAGAACCCAUUAAUCCCCUCUUCCCCCUCCCUCCUCUCCCUUCCUUUGCUUGUUCCUCCACCUUCCUCCCAUCCUUCCCUAAAAGCCCUCCAAAGGAAGAGGACACAAAUGCACUAUUAAACCCUAAUGAGGAGGCCAUGUUCCCUGCUAAUUGGCUCGAAACGUACAUACAAAACCCCUUCGUUUAUGAGAUGGGCUUUUCACUUCCGGGCCCUGGGGCACCAGUUUAUGACGUGCCCCUCCUGGGCUACACUGCCACAGGAGAAUCUGGACCGUUGGUUUCUAAUUAA